AUCACUGGAAAAUAGGUAAAAACUACAGGUGAAAAAUGAGAUGGUAAAAACAUAACAAACUACCAUAAAACAAAACCAAAACAUUCUACAGUUUGAGAGUGGUUUCAAUUGGAUAUCCUUAAUAACGAUGAACAGGAAACUUCAAGAGCAGAUAAUAGAGGCUUUUUCACGACCUGAAGUAUGGAAGGAUAAAUGGGCAAAGCAACCCGAAGUGCGACCCCCGCUACCGCCAAAACCUGUGCCAAUACGGGAGCACAAAGGGACACUUUAUCUAAGGGAGGGGGGACUCAACAUGCCUACUUUAUGCCCCAAAUCAAUGAGUUGGUUACUGUACUUCAAGGGAAUGAAGAGUGCAUUUCUGGAGUUUGGGUUUGAGAUUGAGUACACUAAUGAUGACGACAAUGUUCCACGAUUUGAGACAGCACAGGGGCAAACUUAUAGUGAUUUGGAGGUUUUCAGUGCAGAAAAUAAUUCAUUGGACCCAAAGAGAACUAAUGAACAAGAUCCUGAGAAGAUAAGGGAUGAAGAAAUGUAAUUGCUUUAGUAAAAGAAAGGAAGGGAUGUAUGCGUCAGCAUCUAAUUAAUUUAGAAAACGCAUUUGUCUACGGAUUUAGCUGCCUAAACAUUCCUGAUGCACAGUGGGUUUCAAAUACUGUGAAUGACAUUAAACAGAGCUUACGUAUUGACGAUGAUGAACAACUACAAGAACUAUUGAUGCAAAAUAGUGAAAAUGCUUUUCGGAGUUUGUCCGACAUCCUAGGGUACAAUGCCUAUUUCUUGGAAGACCUGAGGAAAGCGUUUGAUGAGAAGAAUAAGGAAGCGGGUCAUGAUGAGUCUGAUCUUUUUGGGCACUGUGUGGGCGUAAGUUCGUUGACCAUAUUGGAUGCUAAGACUGCUGCCAUUUGUAUGUUGAUCGUCAGAUGCUUUGAUCAUGAAUCCCAACCUGAGUGUUAUAACUCCAAACUGAAGAUCACAUUAUUUAGACAUUUGACUCUUUGGUCACAAGCAAGCAGAGUAUAUACAUUUUACAUCAAGGAAAAACAGCUCACAGAUUUUACUACAACGUUCACGGAGAAUCCAAGUCUGUUAGCUAGAGUUGUUAACUCCGGACAACCUCAAGCUACUGGAAACUUUGGCUUUGUUUACAGAAUUUAUUUACCAACAGACGACAAUGAAUGGAAUCUGAAGGCCGGUGCAUAUGCAUUGAAUGUAUCUAAAACAUCAAGAUGUAAUUUUCAUCUUGAGGCUGAAUCCAGAUCUUUACCAGAUGUACAAUAUGCCUAUGUGAUUAAGUUAUUGGGUACGGGAUAUGCAGAACUAUCUGGCGAGACUGUCAUGGUCCUUGUUACAGAAUGGGUCCCAGGAGGAGAUUUGGAAAGCAAAAUGAACGGUUUAAAGUGGGAUCAAGUUAAGCAUAUCCUAAAGGUCCUUGCUUAUGCCCUUUAUACUGUGCAUAGAACGGGAAACACCUGCUUGUGUGACCUAAAACCAGCAAACAUUCUACUUGAUGAGGAACAGAACAUCAGCACUUCCCUACAGCACAAGGGCUUAACCAAGUUGAUGGGGCUAAUCUAUGAGAUACACUAUAAGAAGGAAGUAGAAAACAAAGUUGCAGAUGCCUUAUCCAGGAGAGAUGAUCAACAGCAGGUUAACAAUUCUUCACAGUGUUUAGUGAUUGUUAAACUGUUACCACAAUGGAUUGAUGAUGUACUACGAAGCUAUGAAGGAGAUCAGGACAUAAUUCAAGCCAUAUCCAGAAUUAGUACUCGUCCAGGGGACACUACUGAGACUACAAUACAACAAGGCUUGGUCAGAUACAAAGGGAAAGUAUGGAUUGGGAAACAUGGUAAUCUCAGGCAACAAUUGGUCAAUGCAAUACAUGUUUCUGGACUAGGGGAUUCUGGGGUCAUGGCAACUUAUCAGAGGCUCAAGGCUGUUUUCUAUUGGCCAUUGAUGGUGGAGGAUGUCAAAAAAGUGGUACAAGAGUGUGAUACUUGCCAAAGAUGUAAGGAUGAACAGGAUGCAUAUCCUGGCCUGUUACAGCCUCUUCCAAUACCAGACAGAGCUUGGGAACACAUCUCUAUGGACUUCAUUGAGAGUUUGCCUAAAUCUGAAGGAUAAGACACCAUUCUUGUC